AUGUUGGCCAUCACUUGGGAGUUGACACUCAAGGCAAUUAGUCCAAACAAUGUCAUUGACCAUUCCAUCUUGGACGAUCAUACAAGACGCGCAGUAAUGCAUGCCUUUCUCAAGGGGGUGGCUGAGGAUACUGGAUCGGGUAGCCAGCCUUCUAUCAUGGCAACAUGUAUACGAGAGUAUAUUGCUACCGGCGAUUAUGUCCUUAUAUCAUGCUUGAUGGACCCAUCCUUGUGGAAGGUACUACCUAAACAUGAAGACUUCCCUCACAACAAUGGAAGAACAUCACGUGGAUAUUUCUGUUUAUAUAUUCGUAUCCUGUUUGACUCAUUGAUCAAACAUGGCAAUAUCAUGCAGACCAAGGUGGCCAUCCAAUGCUUGCCACGGGCUGAGUUUGUCCUGGACCUCCAACAAUUCAGAUCUCAAUACUGUAUUGAGACUGAUCCCUACACGACUUUCCUGGAAUCAGACGAUCCCGAUACAAGUCUGGAUGUGAUCAAGUUGAUGAACAUGGCCAAAAUUGAACACAAACAAAAUACUCGCAUCUAA